AUGUCUUCUACACAAGAUUUAAGAGCCGCUAUCAUUGAAUAUACUGAUACAUCUAUUGUAGAAAAAGAAGAAGAAGAAGAAAAAGAAGAAGAUGGUGAUGAUGAUGAUGAUAAACCAAGUAAUAGUUCUGAAAUAUCUAAUUCUCUUGUUAAUUCAUCUGAAACAACUACAGCUCCUUAUACUGUUGAUUCGACUAAUAAAGGUAAUACAAAGAAAAUUGUCGCAAUCACAGUUCCAAUUUGCUUAAUUGUGAUUGCAAUUAUUGCAGUUGUUGUAGUAUUGUUAGUUCUCAAGCGAAAUAAGUCUGAGAAUCAGAAAUCUGAUGAAACUUUAGACAAAUCAAUUGAUGUCUGA